CAUUGACAAUUAAAAAUGUGACUUACAUAAUGAAAUAAGAAAUAAAAUGAAGUGCAACUAUAUUUGAAAGAAUUCAAAAUUAUGACUAUUAUAUAAUAUUUUUCUUUCUAUUCUAAGUGACCAAAAUAAUAUCAUGGACGGCGAGCCUGAAGCUUUAUCUGAUACUGCAACGAACUGUAACUUGGCAUCUGCAUCUGAGACGUUAUCAGAUAAUAAUCAAGCUAAACUAGAUUCUUUAGAGAAGAAAGCUGUUCAUUUAAGAUUAGUUUUGGAAAAGGAUUUUAAAGCUGCAGAUAUUAAAUGGAGUCUUUUUGUAGCGGCAGCUUUUAGUUUUAGAUAUGAAAGCUGUCUUAGACCUUUUCCGCCAGCAUUCUUAAAAAAUGGAGUCAAGGAUAUGGAUGAAUUACUUAGUGUAAUAACCGAUGUGCCAGCGCUAGAUUUGGUCUUACAGCAGUUGGACAACUUAGAUAAUUUAUCAAACAUCAGCGAUAUAAUUGACUUAUUAUUUUAUGUGCUCGUGAGAUUAAAGGAGCCUACUUUGAAAACAGUGCCCGCUGAAGUGCAUGAUAGUGUGUUAGCAAACGCACAUUCUACAUUAUCUGCACCGAAGCCGCAAUAUAUAUUCCAAGUAGCAAGCUCCUGUAAGUCCACUGCAGAAACUAAAUGGAAAGAAUUGUCUAAGAAUCACCACAUAUUCUAUGCAUAUCACGGAAACCGUUUAGAAAACUUUUACACCAUCCUAAACUUUGGCUUGCAACAACACUUAAAUAAGAACACACUUCUCGGCAAUGGAGUAUACCUAUCACCCGAAUUGAAUAUAAGCCUGCCGUACAGUCAUGGGGGAUUCGGAUGGGGCGCAAGUUGCAUUGGCGGUCACUUAUCUUGCAUCGCCAUGUGUGAAGUUAUUGACGCACCCGAAGGAAUUAAUUACCAAAAGCCUGUAUCCAAUGAAGGUGACGGUAUAUACGAGGACGACAAAAGCAAAUUACUCACUGAGCAAAGUGGCGACGGUCAAAUGACUCAAUACAUCGUUACUAACUGCGAUUUAGUGAGAGUGCGAUACAUGCUUGUUUACGCAAAGCAACCAGCUUCUAUGAGGUUUCCUACAGCAAGCGUCAAUAGAAAUGUUGGUGGGCUCCGUCAGUGGCUGGCCAGGCACAAAUUGUUCUCAAUCCUACUCGGCUAUGGCUUAAUGCUGGCGACUAUAGGCUUUGCAAACAAUCAGCCGAUCCACUAUUACUACAAAAUACUAUUAAAAAAGCUCGAUAUCGCAUAUAGUACCGUAAAAGUGUGACCUAUGUCUGUUCAUUAUAAAUAUACAUCUGUCUAGCGUAAUGGAUCGGUGAAGUUAAAUUUUUAAGUGACUUCAAAAAUAUUUUUAGACAAUUUUAUGUUUAUAAUAAAUCUAGAAAAUGUAUUUUUCAUACCUA